UGGGCCAAACUGAAACCAGAUAAGACUUGUAUUGCUUCCUCUUACUCACAAACAAAAGAACAGUAACUAGCAACCUUAAUUCUCUCAAAAAUCUAAUGCUUUCUUUACAGCUCAAGGAUUUGGUGGUAUCAUCAUCAUCUCCAGUAACCAAUUACUGGAACAACCAUCAAUUUUCUACUAUAUACUCACCAUCUUUAUUCCUUACUAAUCACUAUGCACGUACUAACAAUGCAACUCAAACAUUAUCUACAAAACUGAACACCAACUCAAAAACUGCGGUUGCUGCUUCUUCGGAUUCUGUUCAAGAAGAAGAAGAAUAUGAAGUGAUAACAGCAAUGAGGAGCAACCACAAUGACAUUGUAAUUGUCGACACUCCUAAAGCCAGGAUGUUGCUUCUUGACUCUACUCAUAAUGUUCAUAGCAUUCUUAACAAGGAUCAGAAAUGGACUGGGGCUUAUUGGGAUGAAUUUGCUAGUUUGCCAGCUAUUAUUCCAGAGGGUCCUGUUGCAAUCCUUGGCUUGGGUGCUGGUACUGCUGCACAUUUGAUGCUCCAUUUAUGGCCUUCAUUAGAUCUCCAUGGCUGGGAGAUUGAUCCCAUUCUGAUUGACAAAGCUAGACAGUAUUUUGGACUGUCUGAUCUCGAGAUACCUACUACAGAUGGUGGCAUACUUCGUGUUCAUGUUGAUGAUGCUCUAUCUCCAGCAGAAAAUGAUUCUGGAAAAUUUGCUGGCAUUAUCAUCGACUUGUUCAGUGAAGGAAGGGUUUUGCUGCAGUUACACGAGGUAGCAACUUGGUUGGAUUUGAGCAAGAGAUUGAUGCCCAACGGUCGGUUUAUGGUGAAUUGUGGAGGGAUCAGUGAGAAACCAGAUAAUGCAGAUGGAACUUGGAUGGAAAAUCCUACUGUCAAGGCAUUAUCUGAAGCAUUUCCUGGACAAGUAAACUGGAAGAGAGUACCAGAAACUGAAGGUUCAAACUUUCUUGCAUUCACAGGACCUUUGCCAGAUUUCACAUUCUGGGCUUCUAAGCUUCCACAUCCUUUAAGUGAAAAUGUAAAGAGAUGGAAACCCUGUAGUUAGCUAUAUUUCAUCACAAUGAAUUUGUUCCUUCACUAUGUAACGGAGAUCGAAAAUUGCAAUUGUUUUCGAGUUUACUCUUAA